GCCAUUCACUUACUUUUCAGAUAAAGGCUGAAAUAUGCGAAAAUUUGGAUAAUUUUACUUGAAAAUAAACCUAAGGUCAGUUUUUUUUCGGUCAAUUACAUUUUAUUUCGUCUGGAACUAGAUACCUUUUAUCAAUUUUAAUUGAUCAUCGAAAUUCACCAAAGCGCUGAUUUUGUUUUAGCCAGUGGGGUCUUGAAAGGAUUUUUCAUCAACAUCUUAACUCAAAAAGUCAUGAUGAGGAACAUAAUUAGAGAAGUUAUGAAACCUGAUGAUUUGGAAUCGCUGCAGUAUCUGGCGGCUAUGAGAAUGGUCUUGUCCGUCUGCGAAUCAGAAGAUAUGCAACGCAUGAUAGGAAGGUUCUGCAAAGCUGCUGAUAAAGUUCCUGUGGGAUUUUCAGACGGUCAGUGGAAACGAUUACAAUUCAAAGCGAGAAGAAUUUUAGAACAGACCGGCGUCCCUGAUUUAAUCAUCGAUAUAAUUCUAGAAAACCUUUGGCCAAUAAGCUUCGAGAUAUUUAAGUGGUUUUUCAGGCACGCUAAGGACAUGGGCGUUGACUCUUCGUCAUAUUUUUGCUGGACUCCGCAUUUUACUAUCGAUUACGAGAAAACUGCAAGUAUUUUGACUGAAAAUGAGGCAUUAGAUAUAAAAAAGAGGUUUGAAUUGUCUUGCCUUUUUUGCUUGGAACAGGAGGCACGUUCUUUGUGGGAUAUGAUGAGCUUAUCGGAAAGAAGGUCUUUUUAUGUCAGGGGGAAUUUAAAGAAAUCGGAUCAAAAUCCAAUCGUACUUUACUGGACUUAUUAUAUACAAGAGGUGCCAAUAGAUCAUUGGGAUAGUAAGGCAUUAAAUCAUUCCCAAUUAUUCAAAUAUUCAGUGACGAAAGGGUACCUCAAUGCUACCAAAUUCUUUUUUGGAAAAUUGAAAAAACAACUUAGAAGCAGGAUGAUUGCAAAUAGUUUUUGUAUCCAUUUCAAGGAAUUAUAUAAGCCUCAUUGUAUUAUAAAAGAUCAUCUGGCCAUUGCUUGCUUUUUGAUAAGUGAGAUACGCCCGAACUAUCCAGCCAUUUAUAAUUUCGAUAUGCUUCAUUUGAUUUGCCUUCAUUUUUUGGAAUGGCCCAGACAGAAGUAUUUCAUGGCUGUUGUCAAUCGGAUGAGACACUAUCUUUUUGAAAGAAGAUUCGGAGACUUGUUGGAAAGGAUAUUCGAAAGAGAUCAUGGAGAUUUUAAGGAUUAUGAUUACAAGAAACUGUUCAUGGAAUUUUGGCUUCAAAGUCCGCUGAAGAGCAAAGCGUACGUGGCGGAGUCCAGGAUUGGUUUUGGAAUAUUUAUGAAAUUCGUUAAGAAAUAUUUUGAGUUUCUUUUCGUCGAGAACGCUUUCGCUCUCAAGGCGAAAUUUAGAGGCGUUGUUUUACAGCAAGAGAUUCCAGAAAAUAUCCCCCAUUUUGAAAAAGGAAAUGUAGAAUUCUUUAAAUUUCUUGUGCGCGAACGAGUAACCACUAGAACAUCUAUAGAUAGAUUCUUACAUCAACGUUUUGUAAGUUUUCCAUACGCGGAAUUUGGGAUACCGUUUUUUGAUGGAAGAACAUCAUUGGGAGAACUUAUGUAUCUGAUUGACAGCAUUUCAGGCACGGUAUAACCUCAAUCAACCAGGACUUCUGCAAAUGUUAAAAUAAUUUCUCUAGAAUAGAUAUUAACCACGCAUUUUAUUGUUGUUGAAGAAACGCCAUAUAAAUAUCAACAUUGUGGUGAUUCUGAAAUGAUGAAAAAUUCCAGACAGCCAUUUGCCUUUACAAUGUUGAUAACAAUAUUAAAAUAUAUAUUUAAAGAAUAUUUGAUAUUCAUAAGAACAUUUAAAAUAAUCGGAAUUAAAGUAAUAUUGUUAAAUAUUGAACUUCAAAGCAUACAGGCAAUGAGUUUAAAAUAUUUUAAUAUUUUAACUUUUAAAAAAUGACAUGAUUCUUCUACAAAAUGUAUUCCCUGGAAUAAUGAAAAAAAUGUUUAAAUCAAGAACUUUUUUUGAAUAUUAAAAUAUUGAGUAGAAAGUAUGAUUUUUUAAAAAAUUAUGUUUCUGUUUUGAGUUGUACUUCUUAUUAGCAUAUCUGAGUUAGAUUUCAUGGCAUAAUCAUGCAUAAAGUUGCUAAUUUAUUGUUAUUUGAUUCGGUAUUGGAAAAAACUUUAUUGCUUC